CAGUAAUAGGAAAGUCAUUUCACACACUAGCUAGUCUGGCACACGCCUGGCUGAAGUUACCAGCGCGCUCUCUCACAAAUACAGCCCUACUAAGGGAUUCUUCAGAGUUGUCAGGUGCAAUCUGCCUACUAGACUAAUGAAGCUUGCUAUUAUUCUGAAAUUGGCUUGGUCCAAAUGAUGCCGAAAAUUGGAGUUGCCCAUCAAAGAACAAUACUCUUCCUUGUGGGCCUUCUUCAAGAGCUGAACAUGGCCACCACUUCUCCACAUUCAUAUUGGAUCCUUCAUGACCAUGGUGUCGGAGUCUCAACCGGCUCAUCCAGUUUAAUGCAUGGCAUGAUGGUAUCAGCUCUGGGGUAGAUGAAGCCUGCACUCCAGAGUAUUCCCAAGAGACGAGAAGCUUUCUGGGCAAGACCUCUUCCCUGGCUGGAGCAUUCUUCUCAGAUGCCUUAUCUUUGACGGCGAUACCGUUCGACAGAUCCCAUGAGUGCUAGUGGACUCACCAUCACAAUCGCAAAAAAUGCAUAGAAUAGCACGGCUCGGGGCGACAUUAUGGUGUGCAAGUCCAUGUGGGAGUGGAAAGCGUCCCGCUGACUCCCGCUGCCUAGAAAAUCUACGGGUCGCUAAGCCUAAAACUUGCAACCCAACACACUUGAGGACACUCCUCUCCCCGACGACUCGACUCUCAAAGCGUCCAUUAUUUAUACUGUAGUCUACAUGUAUUGUGCAAGUCACUCUUUCUCGUCUUCUCACAAACAAAACCAAACACAAACAAAUCCAACCAUCACACCCGACAAUGCCCAAGUCAUCCAAGCCCAAACUAGUUGUGGAGGCUCCUCCCAAUGGCCAGCAACCCAAAGCAGUUGUCAUUCUACUUGGCUGGUUUGGUGCCCAGUUCCGACACUUGAAAAAGUAUGCUGACCUCUAUGAACAAUUUGGAUGCACCACCAUCUCUGCCAUUCUUGAUAAGAAAUCCAUCAUGUUUAUAAAUCUCGUCAAGACGGAUGCAUUGGUCAACAUGGUGGUAAAGGAAGCAUGCAGGCACUUGCGCCAAGGUGGCGAUGAAGUGCCACUAAUCUGCCAUGCCUUUAGCAACGGCGGAUGUGUGCCCCUCUACCGAAUGCAAAAACAAAUGAUGGAAAAGAUCAACAGUAAUAAUGCUGAGGAUGUGGACAACUGGAAGUUGAUUCGAGAUCGCUAUCAACUGGGAGCAGAGAUUAUUGAUUCUGCACCAAUUUUCCCGGAUGCGGCUGCAUUUGGUCGAGCCAUUCGUACAGCCUUGCCAAAUCGUGUGCUGUCUUCUACAGCCAUCUUUUUCGUGUCGAUUUACCAAAACUCUCAAAACUCUGUCAUGAAAGCGCGAGGGAAAAAGCCCUACCCGGACAAAUUUUGGUCUCAUUGGGAAGACUCUCCACAAUAUGCUGGAGUGCAGGCGUUCAUCUACACCACAGCGGAUACUAUCUUGCCAUACGAAAAACUGGAUGAACUGGUGGAGACUCGGAAAGCUCAUGAAGGAGCCAAUGUCUUGGUGGAGCGAUUUGGUGACAGUGACCAUGUCCAGCUCUUGAAGGACCACAAGGAAGAGUAUUGUUCUUUGAUUGGCAGAGUUUUGGACGGAAGCAAGAAGUGAAUGCGCCUGAUAGAGGUAUCCUAUCCCACUACUAGGAACUACAUGUAGAAUAGAACUUUCUUAUAUAACACCUAUUGCAAGUAC